CACCAACAAAGACCAUAAACACAAUUACUACUUCUUCCACUAAAAACUCAAUCAAAAUGACCUCCUCUCUCUACACCUACACCGUCCCCACCUACCUCAAGGGCCUGGAAACCCUUACUCUCCUCCUCAAAAAGGCCGAAGAAUACGCCAAAGAAAACAACAUCCCCCUCUCCGAGUUCGUCGAGGCCCGUCUUUACCCAAACAUGCUGCCUCUGAGCUUCCAAGUGCAAUCCGUCAGCAACACUUCCAAGAACUCCGUCGCCCGACUCGCCGGCACCGAAAACGUGUCUAUGGAAGACAACGAGAAAACCUUUGAGGAGCUCUACGAUCGCAUCAACCGGACCAUCGAGGUGAUCAAGGCGGUUGAUCCCAAGCUCUUCGAGGGCAAAGAUCACACCGAGUUCCAUGUGAAAUUGGGCUCGUAUGAGUCGACCUUCACCGGGGAGUCGUACGUGAACCGCUUUGGGCUGCCGAAUUUCUUUUUCCAUUUGAACAUUGCGUAUGCCAUCUUGAGAAGUAAGGGAGUGCCGCUUGGGAAGUUUGAUUAUCUCAAGUACUUCAAUGCUUGAUCUACUGUGUGUUUCGCAGGAGGAAUAGGAAGGAUGAAUCAUGAGUCGUUAUACAUUAUGCUACAAAUACAGAUUAUGAAACCAAGUAUGGUAUAGUACAUUGCUUGAACAAGACA